AUGCAGCGAAUCUGGUCCCGCAGCGCACCGGCCACGCCGAGUUCCCUGUGCAUAUCGUGCCUAAAAACCGCCGCUGAAGGUUUAGCGUCUAGAACAGCUUCGACUGCGGGCGAACGAAGCGUACCUAUCGAAAACCCAGUCGCGACGCGUUAUACUAGUACGAUAGCUACGGCGGUCUCUAGAAAUGCGCGGGGGAAGAGCAGAUGCCGCCGGGAGCGGGAGGAGAUUGCUCUUGACGAAGACGAGUCCCAUGAUCUGAGGGCUGCUGGUCAUCGCGCUUCAAGUGCCGCGCCUCUAAGGCAGAGCACGGUUGUUGCGCGUAAAGCGCUUCAAAAAAGAUCAUUUCACACACUACCGAGACCCGUACACCAGAACGAUCGGUUACCGAAAGCCCAAGCGCCGCGCAGAUAUAUGCAAUUCUGGACUACUAAAAACCAUAAAAUCGGCGAGACUGCGAUUAUCAAGAAACUUGAAGCGGAAAAUGCAGACUCGAUGAAAGACGAUGAUGACUUUGACAUGGCCCUUGAUGUGGAGGAGUUGCCUGAAUGGCUUACGGCUGAUCAGGUUUGCGCAAAAGCUAUCAAAAAGCUUGCAUUGAAACAGCUUGCGAUUCGCCUUCUAAUACGCCCAUCAGUUGCUCAUUCCUAUUUUGGCGUUCUAAAAAACUAUGGUGAUAAUGAUGAUACUCCCCAGCUUGACUUACCGGGUCUUCUCUUCGAGCUCAAUGCCGUCCGGCGCAGAAUUGGGCAAAUCAAGGCAAACCCGAAAGUCAACAUCGAUGAUUUAGUAGGCUCGUUCAACUCUCCUCGUUGGCAGGAUCUAGUCCGUUCCUCGAACGAAUUGGAGAAGAAGAUGCGUCAGGAUUCAAAUCAGUAUCUCAGCGGCCAAAUGCCCCUAGAAGAGUUUCUUUUGAGGCUGUCGGAUGGUCUUCUGCGCUGCCAUGAUCCGGACCGGCAAUUUGUCUUCACAUAUAUGAUUAUAGCAUUUACCCACACCCGACAAAAUGACCUUGCUCAAUUGGUCAUCAAGACAAUACUUCCUUACCAGUUUGAAAUGAGCGUCUCCCUCAUCCUUGCCAUUCUCAACUUCUUCCGCAAAACCAAAGACCUGAAGGGCUUUGAUCUUUUCCUGCUGAUGCUGGAAGGGAAAGGGUACCCCAUAAACAUGGGCAAACUGAGCCUCUUCGUGCCGAGGACAAUCAAUGGUUUAAGGAUUACGGUCCCUCCUGUUCACAGCGCAAACAUUGUUCUCUACGGUUCGCUCAUUAGAGCUUGUCUGCGGUUCGACCAACCCGAUAGAGCGGAUGCGUACUUACUAGCGGCAAGAGCAGCCGGCUACAUGGAUGAUUUUGCCAUCCUCAUGGCCUAUCUGGAGUUCUACACGAUCCGAAAGGACUGGGAAAGAGGCCGACAAGCGCUGCAAAGAGCCUUGGCCUAUAUCACAUCAACAACCAUGCACCCAUACACAGGGGUGGGGAGAUUGAUAGUUAUGAUGGUACAGCUGAGUGAUGAAUGUCGCAAGUUCGACGUCUCCGAAGCCCUCAUCAAGGCUGCAGUCCAAAGCGGAUUCAGCGCAGAUCUCCCAAGCCGUCAAUCAGACAUUGUCAGCGAAGCCGAUCCCGACCACUAUAGGUGGACCGCCGCCGCGCAAGAGACACCACCAGCGACAUCUACCCCGCUGGCUGAAAAAUGCCAUGCGUUCGCCAACAUCAUCAGGGAGCAGCUAGAAAUUCUUGCCCCCACGGGAGAGAGCUCUGCUGAUCGAUUGCAGAGGCUGAUGGGCACGUAUUCCGAGCAGCUUAUGUCCACGGUGCUGGACGAGGGACUCGCCCUUAAGGCAUCUAGGAAACCACUCCAGACAGAACAGGCAGAUAAGGUUUCCCAGACCGAGAUGGUCGAGCAAGAAAAGGAGCUCGAACCCCAGUCUUCCCCCGAAGACAUAAUGGCCGCGCAACAAAAUGAGAUGCGCGCCCUGAAAUCCGAAGUCGCAUUUCUGAAACAUUUGGUUCUGCGCAUGGCCGCGCAAAACACACUAUCCUCCGCCCAGGGUAACAAAAGCAAGAUGGCGAAUACAUCAACGCUCGAGUCACCUGAAACUCUUCUGCCCGAGUCGGCCGAACCCUCUUCAGAAGGCAAAUAA